AUGCUGGAUCAAUUUCACAUGGUGCUGGCUUUGAAGCACGGGCCAGACAUCCAAGCUGCUUUUGAAUCUUGUUACCCUCUCGCAAAGGUCUUGGCGUCUACGGUGAGAGACGGAUGCGGUAAAGCAGAGGCAGGCUACGGGUUGCACGAACACUCUGCGAUCCAGUUCACGUCGUACAGCUCAUACUUAAAGGCCGUCGCCUUUUCCGUCGCCAUGGCUGGGCUCGGCGGCGGUAGCUUCACGUUCGGCCUGACCCUCUCUAGAGACCUAGUCAAAAACCGUUCUACAGAGCUCUCGUCUUUACAAAGAAAGAACGAAUGCCGUCUGAAUUUGGUCAACACGUUUGACGACAUUAUGACCCGUAUGCAAAGAGCUGGUGUGCAGCAGGAUGCAGCAGUGCCAGAUUGCCUCUCUGCUGUCAAGACAGACCUCGCAGCUCUGAUAAAGCUGGUAGACAGUCUGACAGGAAACAACGGAUUGCAAUCCCGGUUGAAAUCGAAGAUGAAAGAGACAGCUAAGACCCUAACACACCCAUUCGAUCGCCAGAAACUUAGAGAGCUGGAUGACCGUCUAGAUCAAGGCAUUUCGACGUUGAUGCUCGCGUUGCAGAAUGUCAUUAUGCGUGCUUUAGUGGUGGCCAAUGACAAGGUGGAAGAACUUGAUACGAAGGCAAAUGCCUCGGCGUCAAACACGGGGGCCAUUGCAUCGGGUAUCGCGACACUUGGGCACUCUAUCGCAGAAAUUCGUAACAAACUGCCGGAUAUUGAGAGGUCUCUCCAUAUUCUCGAAGCCCUCGGACAGUCUCUAUCCCACGAUACUCGAGUUCUAUCAACACAAGGUAGUGAAAGUAAUGUGCUGCACGGAAAGAAUUCGAACGAAAUACAGGAAGUAGGCGAGACGACGAGGCGGGUCGAACUCAGUCUACAAUCCUUUCAAAAGCAACAGCUCCAAAUCGAAGCGCAGCAGAAAUCUCUUGCUGAAAUCGAAAAUCAGCUCAAAGAGUGUUGCAUCGAUCAGGCUCACCGGUUCAGCCGGCGAAGAACUAAGGAGAAACAGGUAUCGGCAGCAUCGACAGAGCUGUUGGUUCGCCGUCUGGCCGCAAAGCCAGGUAACUUGAAGGCUCUGUGCGACAACGCGGCCUUGGAUCAUGCAAGUCAACCUGACAAUGGCACUCCGGAACCACCAACUGCCUGUAGCGAAAUCCAAAUGAGUAGUGCUGUCUCGCUGCUAUCAUCAAAGUUAACCUGUAUCUGCCCACAGUAUGGCGGGUUGAGGACUCGAGUCGAGCAGCAAUCUAUCCGGUGGAUGGGAUUCCCACUUCUACAUACUACCAGCAAACAGGAACACCUACCUGGAUGUCCACAGGCCGAUAUGCACGAAAGCAAGCCCGUCCAAACCACUAGCUUUCGACUCCAUGGCUUGACUCGCGUCCUAGGUACGGCUGUUGAACUGACACUCAGCGUGACGUCUGGGGCCGGAGGUUGGAGUAUUAGUCCAGUCAUGAGUUAUCGUCCAGCCAUACAUGGUGGCAGCUCUCCAGCAUACAGAAUAUACUGGACGCUGCUGAGAUUCUGUCGAAAUUACAGCCGUUUCCACAAUCGAAAAACCACAGACCCCUACGUUCCACUAGAUAAGCCAACGUAUGAACGGUUUGCGGCCACAGCGUUGGGGAGACUCGCCAAGGUGUAUAGCGGCAAGACACCCAGAGCUUCUCCCAGGGAUAUCGACAGAAACAGCCGGUCUUUAUUGUGGUAUUUCAUUUUCAAUAUGGAUGAUAUGCAUAUACUGUCACAUUCUACAAUUCGUCACUGGUUCCUAACGCUGAUGAACUGGGGUGUUCCAGCGGGUUUCGACAAGCCUGAUGACAGAAGCUUUAUGCAAAGAACGUUCUACUACACAGAUAUUCCUGCAAAAGUGGAAAUGCUCGACAUGAUGCUGAGCUCACCCGGCGAUCAUACGAUGCACCAACAGUGGGAGGUGGACCAUGAGGAGGACCCGGCACCAUUAGCAAUUUUCGUCCGCAAGGGGCCGGUUCGAAACUCAGUACAAUGUGCCGAAGCAUGGGGUUAUGGGCCUCUAAGCCUGGCGGUCCUAGCAGAGGACCACAAACAGGUUGAGACGCUCCUGAAGAAAUAUCCCUCCAUGAUAAAGGAAGUCAAUUGCAUGGGCCAGACCCCGCUGCACAUUGCUGCAGAUAAACCGGCAUGCCUGAGAGUUCUUAUAAAGUAUGCGGACGGCAGCCUAAUGAACCAGAAGGACAACUAUGGAGACACGGCACUGGUUUACGCCAUGCUGUUAAGUCGUCACCGUUGUCGAGCACCAAGGCCAUCAGUAUCGAAGUGUUCCCGGUGUAGCUGUGCGGAUUGUGUUGUCAUUCUUCUCCAAGCUGACUGCGCCCUCUUUAUUGACAAGAGCUUUGGGCAUGCUUCCUAUCUCUAUUAUUCCACGAAACGAUGCUGGUCUCGCUAUUUGCGUCACCUGAAGGAUCGUCUUGAUCGGCUUAAGAAUCUGGCUUUAGAAAACUUGCCGUUCGUCGAAUCAUCUCGCCUAGGGCUGCAUAAGCCUUCCAUACUUUAUACAGAGGUCCGGGACGUGUUGGAUCUGCUAUACAAAAAGCUUGGUGGUCUUCCUCAGCCUCUCAGGGUCAACUAUUCCUCAACAUCGCUAUAUUGUGACAUCUAUGUAACCGUGGAGAUUGCUGAACGGUUCUACAACAUGGGUUUUCACGAACUCGGGCUGUGGGUAGGUAGAAAGGGGCGCGCAGUGAUGAAUUUCCACUACACUAGCACAUAUAAUAUGGCCAGGAUGUACGACUGGUUGUUCAAACGUGGUGCAGAUUUCUCCCAACGCGUGACAAUGGCAGCUUCACCGCCCAAACCUCAAAUGGUUGAUGCCGUCACCGUUGGGCAUCUUGCGCUCGCACGACUGGGAGAGUCGCUAGUCCGCGGAGCCUUGGAAUCCGGCACCACGGAUGAGGAGAAGUCUCGGCCUCAUGACCACUUCCUAGAGCCCAUCAAGGCCCUCUGGAGUUUUAUCCCACUUUUGGGGGUCGCUGACAACUGUCCGUGUAUAUGCUCUCCCGGCGGCUGCACCGCUCUAACCUAUUUCCUAAAGGGGUUCAAGAUGUAUCCCAGGAUCUUCCUCUUUCGUAUGUACCCAUAUGAGUUCUUCCAAAUUUUCAGGAUCGCCACGAUAACGGGUUGGAGAAUGGAAGAACACCUUGCCGCCAUGCGAAUAAUGACAUUCGAAGCGUUGGAAAUGGUGCAUACGUGUUGCCAACUAGUCAGACCCUGGGAACCGAGUCGUCCCACAGACGAGGAAAUCGAGGCAACGCAAUACGACGAGCCUAUGCUGGAGCUGUUUGAGUCACUAGUCGCCGAGUUCGAGGAAGGCUUGCGCUCACGAGUCAAGGACUACUCGGGUCAACCCGCUGGAUAUACCGACUUCUGGGAAAAGUUCUGGUGGCCCCGGAUGGAUGUCGAAACGAAGCUUUUGGAAGAGGCUAAUAUCUCGAAGAGCCAGAAACAGGGGGCUGAAGCUCUGGGUGUCAUCUUCGAAGAUCCGACCAAGGAUAAGGAUGAGUCGAAACCUGCACCGAGUCAGAACCAGUACAAGAAGCACCAGGUAGAGUACUGGUACAAAGAAUUGGACUUGAUAGCGCCUGAAUAA